AUGGACUCCCUCCAGCGCAGCGACGGGGCCGCAGGCAGGCGCCAGCGGCUGGGCGUCGCCGCCCUGAUCGGAGUCGCCGUCAUCUUCUUCACCCCCGGCCUGCGUGACGUGGUGUUCGCCCUCUCGGCGUGCGUCUUUGCGGUCCAGGUCCCGUGGCUGCUCCGUCUCGCCGCUGCGUCCCUCGGCAACAUCUGGCGGGCGCUCACGGACGGCGCGGACCGCGCCUCCGUCGCCGAGCGACCCCCCUCCCUGGCGCACGGCAUGGCGGGCGGCGCCUCGCCCCGGAGCGACGCCACCCCGAGCGACGCCAGCAAGACGCGCAUGUCCACGCCCCACGACUCGCGCGUCAGCGACCACGCGCCGCAGCCGAGCUGGUCCGCCAAGGCGCCCGACACGGACGACGACACGGAGGACGAGGAGGUCAUCAGCCGGCGGUACGUCCGCGCGGGUCCGCGCGCGCAGGAGGAGUUCCGGCGGGAGCACAGUCCGUUCGCGGAGGAGGAGGAGGAUGUUGGGUGGCCGGGGGGGGGGUUCGGCGCGGAGGACGGGCGGGGGGAGUACUGGGAGGACUUCGACGAGGACGACUGGCUCGGGGAGGGCGCGGAAGCACCGAGCGUGAGUGCGGAGCUGGAGGAGAGCCUCGGUCGAGCGGCGGCGACGCGGGAGCGCAUAGCGCGGCGGCGGCGGGAGUUGGAGGCCAAGCACCGGGGGGAGUAUGAGGAGCGGGGGCGCGCGGUGGAGGCGCGGGAGCGGUCGGAGACGGAGCGGAGGGUGCGCGAGGAGCAGGAGCGGCGGCGGGCGGAGGAGGAGGAGCGCGUGCGGCGCGCGGCGGAGCAGGAGCGGGCGCGUGUCGAGGCGGAGAGGAAGCGCGCGGAGGACGAGAAGCGCCGGGCGGAGGAGGCGGAGGCGGCGCGGCGGAGGGCGGCGGAGAUGAGCGAGCAGGAGGCGCGGGAGCAGUCCAAGCGCGCGGAGGCGGAGCGGAAGGCGCUCCUCGCCAAGUACACGGGCGGGGACCAGGGCGUGAAGGCGUCGGAGUCGGCGCUGGAGAGCGGGUACAAGUGCAUCGAGGCGUUCGAGGACGCGGUGCGGCGCGUGGCGGCGUUCCGGGAGGACAAGUCCCGCGCGAAGCAGCGGCGCGAGGUGGACAAGGCCAUCAACAAGGCGCUGAUGCAGCUGACGGCGACGAUGGAGAAGGUCGAGAGCCAGGCGGAGCAGGUGAUGCGGCUCGCGGGGGACCUCCGGGACACCCCCGAGGAGCCGCUGCAGUCGUACUUCGUCGUGCAGCUGUGCCACCGCGUGGCGCGCGACAUCACCAACCAGGCCACCGCCACGCCGACCUUCGUCUACCCGCUCGCCGAGCUCGUCGCGCGGAUCUUCGCGCACCUCCCGGCCUUCAUGCCGGUCAUGCUCGGGGCCCUCUUCAAGGAGGCGCCGCUGGCGGUGCCGCGCUACCACGUCCCGGUGGUGGAGGCCGGUGCGUCGGAGGCGGAGGUGAAGCGGGCACAGAUGGAGGCACUGCGCAAGAACGGGUACAGGGAGGGCGACGACGGGCAGCUGGAGGGGCGCGACGACUACCUCGCGCGCCUGGAAGCCUUCAUCCGGUUCUACGGAGCCCUCGUCCAGGCGGAUACGCAGCGGUGGGUGUACCAGCACGAGGACACGGAGGGGUACGGGCGGCCGUACGUGGAGCAGUGCGCGCUGUCGCACCCGCCGCACCGGCACGGCACCGACGAGGGCUGGCGGUACCUGGCGCGGCACCUCAACGCGCUCCCGAUCAACGGCACCACCGGCCGCGCGCUCGUCGCGUUCCUCAGCACCGCGGGCCACGCCAUGCACAAGCGGUUCGGGCGACAGAUGGAGAAGCUGCUCGCCUGCAUCAAGCGGGAGGUGCUGCCCAAGUUGACGGGCAAGGACGACGGGGCGGUGCGGACGAACCUUACCACGUACUUCGAGGAAAGGGAGCACCUGCGACCGCCGAAGGGCGCGCAGAUGCCGUGGACCGUCGAGGAGCCGGCCGAGGGGUACUAG